CUUGCUAAUGUUGAAGUGUCAAUUGCUGGCGUACGCUCGGUUUUUGAAAGUGUUCGUUGCACAAUGACUGUGGACUCAGAGGGUAAUAAGAUCGUGGUUUGUGACAAUGGAACUGGGUUCGUCAAGUGUGGAUACGCUGGGGCCACAUUCCCUGAAUACAUUUUUCCGUCUCUAAUUGGGAGGCCAAUAUUACGUGCCACAUCCCGUGUUGGCAAUUUGGAAGUUCAAGACCUUAUGAUAGGAGACGAAGCAAGCGAAUUAAGACAGAUGUUAGAGAUAACAUACCCUAUGGAAAAUGGGAUUGUCAGAAACUGGGAUGAUAUGAUUCAUCUGUAUGACUAUAUAUUUGGGCCAAAGAAAAUGAACAUUGAUCCAAGGCAUGCAAAAAUCCUAUUGACAGAACCUCCUUUCAAUCCACUGCGCAACAGAGAAAAGAUGGUUGAAGUUAUGUUUGAGAAAUAUGGAUUUAACGCUCUUUUUAUUGCGAUCCAAGCAACACUGACACUUUACGCCCAAGGUCUCAUGACUGGUGUUGUGGUCGAUUCUGGCGAUGGUGUCACUCACAUAUGCCCAGUUUACGAAGGGAUGUCUCUGCCACAUUUAACAAGGCGCCUGGACGUUGCCGGUCGGGACAUCACGCGUUAUCUUAUUAAGCUUUUAUUACUCCGUGGUUAUGCCUUCAACCAAACAGCAGAUUUCGAAACUAUUCGCCAAAUGAAGGAGAAGUUAUGCUAUGUAGCCUACGAUUUAGAACAAGAGCAAAGUCUGGCUUUGGAUACUACUGUCUUAGUGAAGAAAUAUACGCUACCUGAUGGUCGUGUUAUCAAAAUAGGCGGAGAAUUGUUUGGUGCACCAGAAGCUCUUUUCCAACCACAUUUAAUCGAUCGUGAAGGUGAUGGCAUAGCAGAAUUAUUGUUUAAUACGAUUCAAGCUGCGGAUAUUGAUACAAGACCGGCAUUUUACAAGCACAUUGUAUUAAGCGGUGGAAGUACAAUGUAUCCUGGUUUACCUAGUCGUUUAGAACGUGAAAUUAAACAAUUAUAUCUACAAAAUGUACUUAGAGGAGAUACAGAAAGAUUUUCAAAAUUCAAAAUCUGUAUAGAAGCUCCACCGCAAAGAAAGCAUAUGGUAUUUAUUGGUGGAUCAGUUCUGGCUAGUAUUAUGAUGAAAGAAAACGCCUGUACAACAUGGUUAACUCGUGCUGAAUAUGAAGAAAAAGGAUUAAAGAUUUUGGAGAGAUUAAAUUUCUACAAAUAGAAGACAGAUACCCAAACUAUCUCAACUACUCACUAUCUAUCAGGCGUUAUCAGUCAGCACCAAAAAUGAUCACAUUUUUUUUGCUCUAUAAUUCACCUAUAUUAUACCACUCAAGAAGGCUGAUUGACAUUGUUUGCUGUCGUUAUACAAUCGUGAUUAUGGAGGUUACUUUGAAGUCUCUAAUUAACAGAGUAGUUGUUAUUGAAUACAACUUUUUAAGUUGUUUUGUUUUUGUAUUACCACCUAAUAUUUUGUUCUUUAUUCUGUUUUCUUUUUUUAACUCAAUAUUUUGCUUGAUUAUGUAUGUAAUUAUUUCCUAACAUCCACCCACACUCUUGCCUUAUCAUGUGGUGCAGGAGUAAGCGGUCUUUUGUUUUUAAUAAACAAUCAAACUGUACUACUAAUAAUACACAUGUUCAGGUAGAUGGGUCAUCAUGAAUAAAUACCAAGAGGAAAUAAAGAAGAAGAAGAACAAGGAUUAAACUGCAUAAUUUUAUUUCCUAAUGCUUUCAUUAUUUUUUAUCAUAAUUACAGAAUAAAACAAAAAGGAUUGUGAACAAAUAGGAUCUUUUUUAAAAUGUUUCACAAUGAAAUAAUAGAAAAAACAAUUUGUAAUAACACUUAUGUAACCAAUCUGUCUUUUGUUCUCGCUUUUUUUCUCAUUUUUAUACUUCAGAUAUUUUUGUUUCAAUGACUUUAUUGUCUUCCAUGUAUGUGUGAGAGUUUGCGUGUACUGUUGCUUUCUUUGUAUGAUGUAUGUUGAAUCUCAGUGCUUUGUUUGAUGAGAGUUUUCUCUAGAUAAAUAAUGCUUAUAUGGUGUAGAAUUCAAGUAUACAGUAGCAUAAUUGACAGUUUCAUCUACCUUUUUCUUUAAUAAAUGGGUAUAUGCUUUAUAAAUCUGACGAUGAAGUGUCAUCUAACAUUCGACAGAUGUGCUCGUAAAUAAAACAAACUCGCAGUUCUACGUGUUUUGUUUUUUCAGUAAUCCCACACAUAUUGGCUCUACCAAUACGUUUUACGACAUGAUAUUUGUGUUUCAUGUGUUAUGAGCUUACACACCCAUUUUUCCAUUCUUUGUAUUCCAAGUGUAAUUUAGGGCUACACAACCUUCGAAUUCUCAGUCCAGAUGGAGUCUUUCUUUACGGUGUGGAGUUACUAGCCUCACAUCCAGCCUUCCCUCUUUUUCCGGGCUUACUAUCGGCUGGUAAAUUAGACAGGGUUUUGGAGUGUGUCGGCUGGGAAUGGAAUGUGGACCAAUUGAGUCGAUGGCGAGCAUUCUACCACUGAUGCAUGGCUCAUAACCUGAUGUACAUUAAAACCCUCUUUUGGGUAACUGAGUCCUAACUCACUUGUGAAGGACUAAUAAGAACUAUUUAGCAGAUUUUUUAUACUAAUUCGAAAGUAAUAAUUUUAUCCAGACAAUAAAUUCAUUAUUUGUUCUAAAGGUUUGUUUGAAUAUCCACUGAUAUUCUGUUA